CUUCAAAUGACGCCAUGGUCAAUGCGGGCUUCAACAUCCCCACAAACCAGCUGGAGAAGUGCAAUACUCCGCAAAACGUAAAGUAUGAUUGCAAAUUAAAGCUCUCGCAAGUCAUUCUUAGCAAUGUUCAUCUACUCCAGAAGCGAACUAUUUCCAGCAAGGCGUCGCAUCAUGAAGCCAUCCAAGCCCAGGAUUGCGAAAUGACACUGCUGGCUGACAUACAACACAGACUAAUCAUGCAUGAGGGCCUGUCGGACUAAUCGCAUGCUGAUUGACUAACAUAAGUGGUCAGUAGGGAAACUUGAUAUCGUUGAUUGACGGCUGUUAUCUACGACGCGAAAUGACUUGCAAAUGGCGUGCCUGCGAUACUCAUGAUGCCUUAUAAGCUCCGAUCGCGGCCAUUACACCAGUAUCAACUCAACUGUUACCGGUGACAUGGCUCAAAAGGAACUCAGCCAAAGGUCAAUUGACCAAGGACGGCAUUACGAUUCAUUUACAGAAGUCCCUUCCAAGGACAAGACUCAGGUCCAAGCACGAUACGACGAUGUGUCGGAUGAGCAGGACAAUCCUUUUGCAGACCCAGAGGUUGCAGAGCGCUAUGCUCUUAUCUACGAGAAGGCACAGUACGAGUGUCGACAUGUUUUUGAUCCGACCCUGACGUGGAGUGCGGAAGAGGAAAAGGCGCUCGUCCGGAAAUUGGACUGGCGAGUGUGUCUGUGGGCAUGUGUCAUGUUUUUCGGGCUUCAGGUGGAUCGAGGGAAUCUCGUCCAAGCGGUGUCGGAUAAUUUGCUGGAUGACCUCGGUCUUACCACGAAUGACUACAACACUGGAAACACCAUCUUCCUUGUCGCUUUCCUCCUUGCAGAGCUUCCCUCACAGUUGGUCUCCAAGCAAGUUGGCCCCGAUCGAUGGAUUCCCACGCAGAUAACGCUGUGGUCGAUUGUUGCUACGUCGCAGGCUGCUCUAGCUGGAAAGAGGUCAUUCUACGCGACGAGAGCACUGCUGGGAAUUCUCGAGGGUGGUUUCAUCCCCGACAUUGUCCUCUGGCUCUCCUACUUUUAUACCAGCCGAGAACUGCCCACUCGCCUGAGUGAUAGUCUCUUCUGGACUGCUCUCUCUGUGACCACUAUUGUAACCUCAUUCAUGGCAUUUGGCAUCCUUCACAUGCGGGAUGUACGAGGCAUGGCCGGCUGGAGAUGGCUAUUCCUAAUCGAAGGACUCAUCACUCUACUGAUCGGUCUCUGCUCCUACUUUCGCAUGCCAGCCUCCGCAGUCGACACGAAGAAAUGGUUUCGGCCAAAGGGGUGGUUCACCGACCGCGAGGUCAGCAUUGUUGUCAAUCGCGUUCUCCGCGAUGAUCCCUCCAAAGGAGACAUGCACAACCGCCAAGCCAUCACCCCCCGUCGUCUUUGGAACUCCCUCCGCGACUACGACCUCUGGCCGAUCUACCUCCUCGGUCUGAUCAUCUACAUUCCAAUGACCCCAGUCACAUCAUACAUCACCCUGACCCUGAAAUCCGUGGGAUUCAGCACUUUCAACACCAACCUCCUCACAAUCCCCUACAGCGUCGGACACAUCAUCUGCCUCCUCGCCCUCACCCGUCUCAGCGAAUGGCUAAACGAGCGCACCUUUGUCUCCAUGAUCCAAGUGAUUUGGACUCUGCCGUGCAUCAUCGCACUGCGGUUCUGGUCCGGCACGAUGACCAACGCAUGGGGGACCUAUGCCAUCGUAACCGCGUUAUUGUGUUAUCCCUACUGCCACGCCAUUCUGGUGGGUUGGUGUUCGAAGAAUUCGAAUAAUGUGGGCACGAGGACUAUUUCGGCUGCGCUGUAUAAUAUGUUCGUCCAACUCGGCGCCAUCAUCGGUAACAAUAUUUACCGCGCAGACGAUAAACCCAAAUACCGAAGGGGGAAUUCCGCUCUGCUGGGGAUCAAUAUCCUCGCCAUUCUGAUGUUUCUUGCUACGAAGGCGUAUUACUUGUAUCGGAACAAGCAGCGGGAGAGGGUGUGGAAUGCUAUGACUGAGGAGCAACGACAACACUAUCUACAGACAUCGACGGAUACGGGAAGUAAGAGGUUGGAUUUUCGCUUUGCUCAUUGAUUGGCUUAAAGCUUUGUUCCAGCUCUUAUGUGUAUGGGCUGUGAAUGUCCCAUCAAUACAUAUCGAGAAAUCACCUACCGUAUUUCUCUUCAUCAAUAGCACUAUCAAACACACCAUCG